CCCUGUACCCCCUGUGUCAGCAUCAGGAGUUGGUUUGGACUCUGUGGGGAAGGAGCUGGGAAACAAGGGCUGCUCUGAGGACAGUUUGCUUGUCUUUGGAAGGUUGCAGGAUGCUCAGUCACCCUGGAGAUAACUGACACAUGAAGCUGUUGUGCAUGAUCUCUCCUCACUGACAGAGCAGGCUCAUGUGAUUCACUUAGUCAGCGUGAAAGAAGAAGUUGCAAUCUGAGAAUUAAGACUUGUUCCGAGACCAUCUGGUGAGGGGCACACCUACCAGUCUGCUUUCUCUUUCCUUCAGGUCGAUAUCAUCAUGCAACCUUGGGUAGCCGUCUUCAGCCCCAUACUACUUCUGACAGAUGCUGUAGUUUCUUAUGUACAAAUGAAUGGAGUGGUGAGUCAGUCUGCCACUCUCUCCUGCACUUACUCGACAGCUAAUGGAGUCACCACCAUGUGCUGGGGCAGAGGGGCAUGUCCUGUGUCCCAAUGCUCAGAUGAAAUUAUCUGGACUAAUGGAUCCCACGUAACCUUUCAGAAGCACCCGCGUUAUAAGCUAAAUGGGAAUCUUUUAAAAGGGAAUGUGUCCUUGACCAUUGAGAAUGUGGCUCAGACGGACCGUGGUCUCUACUGUUGCCGUGUUGAACACAGGGGGUGGUUCAAUGAUAUGAAACUCACCCUGUUAUUGGAGAUAAAGCCAGCUGAGUUCACCAGUGUUCCAACGUCACCUAGGGUCUUUACCUCUACUUCUUCAAUGCCAGCACCCACGCAGAACCUCAAGCCAGCUACUUCAUCUUCUCCAGUGCAGACAGCAGAAACCCAGCCUACUGCAUCACAGGAAACGAGCACAACACAGCCCACCAAUUCACCAUUGUACUCUUGCCCAACAGAUGGGAAUAUCACUGUGACACUAUCUUCAGAUGGCCUUUGGCAUAGCAAUCAAACUCAGGUGUUGCUAGCACAAAAUCCAUGGAUGACCACCAGUAAGGGACUCUACAUUGGAAUCUGCAUUACUGCUGUGGUAUUGCUCACUGUGUUGGUUGUCCUGAUUCUAAAUGGGAGUCUUUUAAAAGGGAAUGUGUCCUUGACCAUAGAGAAUGUGGCUCAGAUGGACCGUGGUCUCUACUGUUGCCGUGUUGAACACAGGGGGUGGUUCAAUGAUAUGCAACUCACCCUGUCAUUGGAGAUAAAGCCAGCUGAGUUCACCAGUGUUCCAACGUCACCUAGGGUCUUUACCUCUACUUCUUCAAUGCCAGCACCCAUGCAGAACCUCAAGCCAGCGACUUCAUCUUCUCCAGUGCAGACAGCAGAAACCCAGCCUACUGCACCACAGGAAACGAGCACAACACAGCCCACCAAUUCACCAUUGUACUCUUGCCCAACAGAUGGGAAUAUCACUGUGACACUAUCUUCAGAUGGCCUUUGGCAUAGCAAUCAAACUGUGUUGCUAGCACAAAAUCCAUGGAUGACCACCUGUAAGGGACUCUACAUUGGAAUCUGCAUUACUGCUGUGGUAUUGCUCACUGUGUUGGUUGUCCUGAUUACCGAAAAAUAUUUAUGCAUAAGAAACAAGCUGAAAGAACUAAACUUGGUUUCGUUGAGUGACCCUCAGACUGGAGCUUUGCAAAGUGCAUCUGAAGUGGGUAUGCGAGCAGAAGACAAUAUCUACAUUAUCGAGGACAAUCUUUACGUCAUGGAUUAAGACCCAGUGGCCCUCUAAGGGUUUAUGCCCUUGACUGCAGAAGACAGUGACAAGAUAUCACCAUGUCAGGGUUCUCUUAAGCUCUAGAAUGAAUUUUCUGUCAAUUUCAAAUGAUAUUCCAAUAUGUCAGUUAUGAUGGGUAGACUGAAUUUGGUUCAUCUGUGUACAGUCAACCUCACUGGUCAUAUAGUCCAUUUUUUUAUACUAUAACUGGUACAAUAUUUCUGGUCAUUGCAGAGCUUUCUCUCAAACAUGAAAUGAAUACUUUAGGAAUGUAUAUUCUCUUUGGACCCUAUGAACCAUAUAUCCAUCAAGAAUUCUCACUGGUAAGACAGGAGAGGAACUAAUACAUUGGUCACCAAAGCUGUCAAGAAGAGCAGAGAACUCCAAAUGUUAUAGUUCUUAGGUUCCCCAAAGCUUUCAAAUCAUGGGGGUACACAGGCUUUUAUUUCCCCUAUGGGGAAAUAGAAGUGAAUGUUAUUUUGCCAUUGUGGGUAAAUCCAAUUUCUCAUAGCUCUGGAAAUAUGUGAUAUUAAGGCUUUCACUAGAACCAAUGUGGGUAUUUUAGCAGUUAGAAGAAACUAGGGUAGUGAGUGAACUAAGAAGAUACCUGGGCAAGAAAAUCAGUUGAUUUAUUACAUGCUAUUUCUGCUACAUAUGUUCCAUAGUUCCAAGCAUUUGUGCCCACAAUUGUCAUGCUCUCUGAACUAAUUUUUAGAAUGAAGCAGGGUAGAAAUAAAUAGAAGAAAAAAAGAGAGAAGGCUAAAAGGCUUUUUGCUUUAGAAAAGUUACUUUGCAAAUAUAAUAGUGUUAUUAGAGAAUGUUACCAAGUUUCAGUCAAAAUUCUAAAUUGUCACCAAAUUACUGUGAUUUUUAAAAUUGUUUUGGAAGGAUGAGGGUUUCUUUUUUAAUAGCAAAUCAAUUCCAAUACUAUUCUUUUUUUUUUUUUUUUGACAAUUCAGUGAAAUUUUUGUUUUUUUCCAAGAGAGUUAAACAAAGGCUAAAAAUAAGGACUUUUUAAUAUCCACAGGCAUUUCUACAUGAACAGUUAACAAGGUUGGAUGUUAAUUUCAAUCUGAGUAAAACCUGAAACAACUCCUUCUUGGGGUUUAGAGAUAAACUAUAGUGGUUGAGUAAGGCAAGAUGUUUAUUUCUAAAGGCAACAUCCUUGACAUGGUUCUGCAGAGUUCUAGGAAAUUAACAUGACCUCUGAAUAAAAGUUGUAUCGGCAAAUAAUAUUAUUAAACAUGUUACCUUGGGUUUUCCAAGUGCAGCCAAGAUCUGACCUGGCCUAAGAAGUUUUGUUUAAACUACAGUGUUUUUCUUUCAAAUUCAAGACAACAUGCAUAAACAUGGAGAAUUCAGAUGAAAGCCUGGAUUUGUAGUUUCUCUGGAAAGACCUUGAAAUAUUGAGCUGAAUUCUAUAGUCAGGACCCUAUUAUAUGGUGCUACAUCCCCUUAGCCCCUAGUCCUUGGCUUUUCUGCCCAGACACACAUUUGCUACCUGCUUUGUGAUUGGGACUUGGAAUUUAUAACAGCUCUGCUCUCUUUACCCUUCCUGCAGAUUUAUGAUGGCACAUUAAAAUUUCUGAGAAUCUGGUUAACUUUGUUACUCCAGCAUUUCCAAAACUUGCUUGAACCCCAUGAAUACAAGGACUACUGCCAUUUCCAGUCACAUUCUGUGAAACGAUGUGAAGAUGUGUGGGAAAGAAGGUGGUACACAGAAUUAGGACUAGGACCUGAGUUCUAUUCUUAACUCUUAACAGAAACACUGGAUGCCAUUAGGGCGAAUGUUUCUUGAUGCCUACAUUUUUUAAUCAAUCAGGCAUAAUUAUUCCUAUAAUUAUGUCAGUAUAUAGCAGUAAUUCCAUGCCAUGUUACUCACGAGAGGUCUUUGAAAAGUGAAAAACACUAUAGAAAUGCAAAAAGUUUUUUUGUUGUUGUUUUUGGUUUUGGUUUUUUUGGUUGAUUUUGUAAUAAUAGAAGAUUUAGAUUUAGUGCUCAGUAAAU